GUUGUUGAGAUGGCGACCUUGGAAGGAAGUGGAGAUGCAAAGAUCAAAUACAUUAGGCCAUCUCCUGAGCAGACUGGAUGCUUUGCAUUAAUAAUCGAAUUCAUCAAAACGAUAAUUGAUGUUAAUAUAAUAAUAUUGUUAUCAAUUAUCAGAUUUUUUGUUCCUGCAAAAAAGAAAGACUUGAGUGGCGAAAUCGCAGUAAUUACAGGCGCUGCAGGAUAUAUUGGGAGACUUCUCGCAUUACGUUUUGCAGCAAAAGGUGCUGCAGUUGUCCUUUGGGAUGUCAAUAAAGCUGGUUUGGAAAAGGUUGAGCAGGAGAUUAUUGACAAGGGUGGGCAUGCCUUUGCUUAUUUUUGCAACUUGAGAGACAAACAUGACAUCCAAAGAACGGCAGCUAAAGUCUCAAAAGAAGUUGGGAAUCCAACUAUUCUUGUUAACAAUGCUGGCAUUGUUGCUGGGAAAUUUCUUCUUGACUUAAGUGAGAAUGAGAUUGAAGCUGCAUUUGAAGUCAACACCCUUGCUCAUUUCUGGACCACCAGAGCAUUUGCACCAGCUAUGAUAAAAAGUAACCAUGGCCACAUUGUUGCUGUAGCAUCUAUUCUUGGAACUGAUGGCUUAGCUCAACUUACUGAGUAUUGUGCCACUAAGUAUGCUGUAAAUGGGUUUAUGCAGUCACUGAGAAGGGAAUUUGAUUUCCAGGGGUAUGAUGGUAUACAUUGUACAACAGUGAAUCCAUUUGUCAUUGACACUGAGUUAUUUCAAGGUGUUACAAUCAGGUUUCCAAAAAUGCCAUUCCUAUAUGUCUUGAAGCCUGACUUUGUUGCUGACAAGAUCAUGGAAGCAAUUGAGACAAACCAGAUUUUACUUAAUAUACCAAGAUUCUGUUACUUUACACCUUUGCUAGCAAGCAUAUUACCCAUGAAAGCUGCUGACCGCCUACAGAAAUUUGUUGGUUCUACAACUGCCAUGUCAAAUUUCAUUGGAAGAAGGAAAGGCAGCUAAAAAGAAACAGUUUUAUCCCUGUUGGUGUUUUAGAUUUUUCAGGUUGAUCAUGGGAUUCUAGAAACGACAAUGUGGUAAUUUACUAACCUUGCAUAAAGCUAAGUGCAUUGACUUAAUCUUUUUGUUGUAAUGACGUAGCCAAAUUUUUUACUAACAGAAGAUACAUUUUUUUUAAUAACAUGUACUUCCUUGCAGAACAGGGUUAGGCAUUGUUCUUUCAAGUUUUUAAAAAGAUUUAGACCUAAUUUUCCUACUAGCUGGUACAAUAAUAACAGUAAGGCCAUUUUAAGCAUGAUAGUAAUUUGAUUUAUCCUCCCCCCUACCAUCCUCAAAAGCAUUCAAUGAAUAUCUCAAGAACUGUACACUUCAAACUUCACCUUGCUAGGCUAGAGACAACCAAGAAAAGCAACCAUUUGAGAUCCAUCAGAUUUUCUUGUAGUCAAAGGGUAAAGAUGGGAGGGGAACCACAUGCCCCCUGUAUGACAGAUCUUACUUAUCUAAUAGGUGCUUAAUAGACAUGUUCAUUAUUUUUGUAUGGUUAAUUGUGACUAAUGCGUAUGCAGGAUUUAUGUUUCAAAAUUGGCACCAGUACAGUGUAUAGAUGUUUAUGAUCUUAAUCGAAA